CUCAUCAGCCUGCUCGGCCUUUCCAUGGCACAAGACCACAAUGACGAUUCCGGAGUCUAUGCUCCGUACCCCUAUUCCUUCGGCUACGACACAACGGACGAAUCAGGAACGCGACUCACCCAGUCCGAAACAGGGGACGAAGACAACGUCAAGCGAGGUUCCUACAGUUACAGCGACGCCAACGGACUCUACAGGGUGGUCAACUACAUCGCUGAUAAGGACGGAUUCCGAGUGACUAUUGAUACCAACGAACCGGGCACCAAAACGUCGGCGCCCGCGGGUGUCCAGAUCAACUCCCAGGCAGUUGAGCCUCCCCACCCAGUUGGCCUCCCAAAUCUGGCCAGCUCUAAACCACUGGUUCCGGCUACAGUUAGGGCACUGACCCCUGUUCCGGUUGUAUUGCCUCCGAUACCAACUUCGUCUCCGUCUGCGGCUAGAUUCGUGGCUCCUGUUACCUUCAACGAACAUUCGUUCCUGGUGCAGCCGCAGCAAGUUCCUGAUUCUGCCGUUGCAGCGGGGCGUGGGGGCGCCGGGACGACACGGUUUGCUUUAGGUGGUAACGUACCUCUGACGUAUACCUUCGGAAAGGCCCCUUAACUGAUUGUAUUUUUAAAUUAUUUCAGCACAAUAAUUUUUUUUAUUUUUAUCACAAUGCUGGCCGCUAAAGUACACGUUUGGAAAGGCACCUACAGUGGUUGUAGUUUCCAAUUGUAUGAACGGAAUGAACUCAAUAAAUACUGUGUUGCUGCUUCUAACU